AUGGCUCGUCACCGUAAUAUCCGCGGCCUCAACUACGAAGAAGAGUACAACGAUGUCUACGAUGAGUACAGUCGCUCGGUGGAAGAGGAAUCUUGCAUCUCGCCGCGAACGGCACGUCAGUAUCUGUACGGCGACGAUGACGUCGUGAAGAGCCUGGAGAAGGUUGAGGAGGAGGAAGGUUACGGCGACAACAGGAACGACGACGAAGGUGACGAAGGCGAAGAGGACUCCACCGAUCCUUCGCUCAUUGACGCCAAAACAUACUCAUGUCUGGAGGCGAUUCAGGACGUCGUCGGCGAGACGAUUCCCGAGGAGGUCAUCAUCGCGACGAUCAAGAAGUGCAAGUACGACUCGGAGAAGGCGCUCGACGUGCUGCUCAACCGAUCCACCAGCCACAACACUACCACCACCAAGAAAAGCUCACAACCGCAACCAUCUCAGAAGGCCCAGCAAAUACCUCCUCCUCAAGAUAAAUCCAAAACAGCUGUCGCUAAAUCGGGUGCUGGUGCUCCGGUGCGAAACAACUCUAAAGGCGAUCUGACAAAGCUAAACAACACCGGUGAAUCAAAGUCAAGCGGCAGUAAAAAGUCGACCAGCAGCAGUGGCAACAGCCUCCUUGAGCCACCUCCUUCCUCCAAGCCAUCAAAUCUAACAGCGGAAACUAACCCCCCAAACAUUACCCCCACCUCUUCGGGCACCUCUUCACCCUACUCCACGCCCAAGCUAAUCUCCCGACAGAGUGGCCAGCACCUGAAGCAGAUGACGACGCCGAAGCCGGCGGCGGACAUUCUCGAGCUGUACGGGCGGAAACGGGUCGCCCCCGGCCAACGGCUGAACCUCAACCUGGUCAUCGUCGGCCACGUGGACGCCGGCAAGAGCACCAUCAUGGGCCACCUGCUGGCGCUGCUCGGCGAGGUGCCUAAGAAGACGUUGCACCGGAACGAGGUGGACGCGCGGAAGGCGGGCAAGGCGAGCUUCAGCUUCGCCUGGCUCCUCGAUGAGACCGAGGAGGAGCGCAGCCGUGGCAUCACCAUCGACGUCGGUCAGCAGCGCUUCACCACGGAGCGCCGCGCGGUGACCAUCCUCGACGCGCCCGGCCACCGCGACUUUAUCCCCAACAUGAUCGCCGGCGCGACGAAGGCCGACGUCGCCCUGCUGGUGAUUGACGCCACCAAGGGCGAGUUCGAGACCGGCUUCGAGGCGGGCGGACAGACGGCGGAGCACACCGUCCUCCUCCGCUCGCUUGGCGUCAGUCAGCUGGCGGUGGUAGUGAACAAGCUGGACAAUGUCGGCUUCAGCGAGGAGCGCUACCGGGAAAUUGUCGACCGCCUGAAGAAGUUUCUCAAGGCGGUCGGCUUCAAGACUGAUGGUGACAGUGCAGCGGUGCACUUUGUCCCUGUCAGUGGGCUGACGGGCGACAAUCUGGUGACGGCCUCGAAGGAGGCCGCUUUUGGGUGGUACAGUGGCGGGCCGACUCUGGUGCAGAUUAUCGAUGGCUUCACGCCACACGAGCGCCCGGUAACGAAGCCCUUUCGCCUGGCGGUGAAUGACCUCUUCAAGGGGCAGACGUCGGGCGUCUGCGUCGCCGGCAAGGUCGACUCGGGCUUUGUGGAGGUCGGCCAACGGCUGCUGAUUCGCCCCGCCAAUGAGCUGGUCACGGUGAAGA